UUCAGCAAGCAGCAGCAGGCACCUCUAAUGGCUUCCCAGCUCUCCUCCGUUGCUGCGUCCAUGGGGAUCUGCUUAGUUUCAGUUUUAGCCAUGGCCUUCCUGGUAAUCACCCUCUACAUCCUUGGCGUUGUCGUGUCCUUCGCAGUCUUCUGCACCAGAGAGUUCGCCCAGAGAGCCCAAGACCGGCCACCGCUCAUCGGGACUGUGCUUCGUCAACUCAAGAACUUUGACAAGCUCUUUGAUGAACAAGUGUCAUAUGCGCUUCUGCAUCCCACCAGCAGGCUGGUCUAUCCCGGGCACAGUGAGAUCUUCACCUCUGACCCCGCUGUCAUCGAGUACUUUCUCAAAACCAACUUCAGUAAAUACAGUAAGGGGGAUUUCAACACACGAGUCAUGAGGGACCUCUUUGGUAAUGGAAUUUUCGCAACUGACGGGGAGAACUGGCGACACCAGAGGAAGCUAGCAAGUCACGAGUUCUCAACCAAAGUGCUGCGUGACUUCAGCAGUGAAGUUUUCAGAAUUAAUGCUGCAAAACUGGCAGAGAAGAUCUCAUAUGCAGCAGCUAACAGAAUUACCAUAAACAUGCAGGACCUUUUGAUGAGAACAACAAUGGAUUCCAUGUUCAAAGUGGGGCUUGGUUUUGAGCUUAACACACUAUCCGGAUCAGAUGAAUCUAGCAUUCGAUUCAGCAAGGCGUUCGAUGAAGCAAGCUCUCUUGUUUACUACCGAUAUGUUGAUAUGUUCUGGCAAGUAAAGCGCCAGCUUAAUAUCGGAUCAGAAGCCAAACUCAAAAAGAACAUUCAGAUAAUCGAUGAUUUUGUGAUGCAGUUGAUCCACCAAAAGAGAGAGCAAAUGAAGAAUAGGCAGGAUCAAAAAGCUAGAGAAGACAUACUAUCAAGAUUCAUACUGGCAAGUGAGGAGGACCCAGUGACGAUGAACGACCGUUACCUACGUGACAUAGUCCUCAGCUUCCUGAUUGCUGGGAAAGAUACCACGGCAAAUACCCUAUCAUGGUUCGUCUACAUGCUCUGCAAGAACCCCAUAGUGCAGGAUAAGAUUGCCUAUGAAAUCAAGGAAUCUGUUGAAUUGGCGCAAGAAGAUAACAUGGAAACUUUCACUGCAAGGUUAAAACAAGGUGCCAUUGACAAGUUGCAGUACCUUCAUGCUACAUUAACUGAGACGCUCCGACUGUAUCCUGCUGUUCCAGUGGAUGGCAAGAUGGCAGAUGAAGAUGAUUUGCUACCCAAUGGCUACAGAGUGAUUAAAGGGGAUGGAAUGAACUACAUGAUCUAUGCCAUGGGAAGAAUGAAAUACCUUUGGGGUGAGGACGCCGAAGAAUUCAGGCCUGAACGAUGGCUAGUGGAUGGAAUCUUUCAGCAAGAAAGCCCUUACAAGUUUAUAUCUUUCAAUGCAGGCCCACGUAUCUGCUUGGGGAAAGAAUUUGCAUACAGGCAGAUGAAAAUCAUGGCUGCUACCUUGAUACAUUUCUUCAGGUUCAAACUGGAAGAUGAAUCCAAGAGUCGAGUAUACAAAACAAUGUUUACCCUGCAUAUGGAUCAAGGCCUUCAUCUAUUUGUGUACCCCCGUAAUAUUUCAGCUUGAACACCUGAACAAGCUACUAGUAGAUCUUUUCUGAUCGCACUGUCAUAUAUGUAAAUCCCCAACAGCUUCUCUUUUGACAAGUUGUAAUAAUGAUGUCCAGUUCUCGCUUAAGAACAACAAAGUAGCAUGGAUUAAUGGUCC